CACCAGUUCGUGCGCACAUACACCGUGUAUUACGGUCACGUAGCCGUUAACGCCGCACGGACAUCGUCACCACCACCACCACCGCCGGCGGCGUGCACCGACUGAGUAAAAGUCAAGAUGGCGACCGAGGGUCAGUCCGAGUACGAGUCGGUGCUCUGUGUCAAGCCUGAAGUCAACGUUUACCGUAUCCCACCGAGAGCAUCCAACCGGGCUAUCAGGGCUGCCGAUUGGAAGCUGGAUUCGCCCGACUGGACGGGACGUAUGCGUGUCACGGCCCGGGGCAAAGUGGCCUAUGUGAAAUUGGAAGACAAAAUCUCUGGGGAGCUGUUUGCCCAAGCACCAGUUGUCGAGUACCCCGGCAUCACAGUGGAAACAGUUAGUGACUCAAGCCGUUACUUUGUGCUCCGCAUCCAGGAUGACAACGGUCGAAGUGCGUUCAUAGGCAUUGGGUUUGGAGAUCGAGGUGAUGCCUUUGACUUCAAUGUUGCACUUCAGGACCACUUCAAGUGGGUGAAACAGGAUGAGGAAAUUAAGAAGCAGGCACAGGCUCCAGACACCACCCCUAAACUGGACCUGGGCUUCAAAGAAGGACAGACCAUAACUCUCAAUAUUGGGCAAUCAAAAAAGAAGGACAGGUCUCGCCCACAGAGUACAGGUGGAUUUGGGCUUCUUCCACCUCCCCCCGGGGGCAAGUUAGCCCCGCCUCCUUCGUCCAGAUCUACCAAUCAUAACACACAGCCGUCUGCAGGAGGAAGUGACACUGGUUUUUUGCUCGACCUGGACACCAGUAACUCCAACUCAGAGGUUCCAUCCAACUCCACCACCACAGCCAGCUCUGACCUGUGGGGAGACUUUGACUCCUCGAAGUGAGGAGGGAUACAUUGUGUUUUGCUCCCUUUUAUCUCUCUGUAAAUUUAUGCAGCACUUUUUGCAGCUUUUGUUUUUUCCCCUGUUAUGGGGUCCCGUAUCUUUCCCUGCCAAGCAGGGUAACCCCCUGUACUAGUUAGUUUUAUUUUAGUUCAGUCUCUUGUGGCUUUUAGCCAGAGACACCCAGUCCCCACAGUCCAGUCUUAAUUAUAAAGGUUUAGAACUAUAGGCCAUCACACUUCCCUCUGUCCUUCGGUAUAUCCACUCUAGCUCUCUAGUUUACAUUUUGGAUUCUGCUUUUGCCGUUUUUCUCCUCCUCUUAAUGUGUUUUUUUUUGUUUGUUUAUUUCUAAUGUAGAGUAUACAUAUGAGCAAGGGAGACAUAAUCAGAAACAUCUUAUGAUGAAAUCUAAUGAAAUAUAAUAAUGAAUGAAUUUUCUGUACAGAGAAUAUUUAUUUUAAAUGUAUAUAUUGUCGGUAGUUUGUAAUUAUUGUCAUUGGUGUCGCCACCUGUUUGUUCUGUAGCUUAAUUUAUCUCAAAGUCCCGAGCAGUGGGACUGACUAUAUGCACUGACUGGCAGUCUAGUCUGUCUAUGUAGUUAGCAUAAAGUCUUCAUUUAACACAGGGAUUGUUCAAAUCUUAGACUUAGGUUAAGGUGAAGUUUACCAUACAAUGAUUUUACUUGAAAGAUGCUGAUUUUCAAACUAGUUGUGCGAUCUAGCGCGCUCUAGUGGAUCUGCAGUAUCAUUUUGAGAGGAGAUUUUCAAAUGGAGCUGCAGCUGUUGAACACGUAUUUCACUGGGGAUGGGUCUUUGGCACUGUGUGCAUUGUUUGAACUAUAGCAGUACAAAGAGUCAGGGAUAGUAGGAAUGUUUGAUGCAAAAGGGUGUUAGCAAAAGAAAAGAGAGGCAACCAGUGCUUUUAUCUUUGCCUCAAGGGGGAACGGAGAUGAUUUAGUCAAUGUUAUGUCAUCUCUACUUAGCCCAGCUGUUAAAGCUGCGACUGGUGAGUCAUUUAGGUCACGACCUCUCUCUUCCUCAAUGAAUAGGUCUGUGUUUCUGCACCGUCCCGUCUGUCUGGGGAGAGCUUCAUCUCCUUAAUUCCACAUGAGAAGGUGUUCAGGUUGCAGACCUCAACCGCAGCAUGUUGUACUGUACAAACAGAGUUUUAACUGUGAACUUCAAUUCCAUGUUAAGAUGUGAUGUUGUUAAUGGUAUUCUGAUGCAGGCGAAUGCAAUGCGGGACCAACCUUGUCUGUAUUUGCUGCAGUGUUUUAUUUUUGUGAUAUUGUCGCGUACAGAGAAAUGGAUUAUGUUGCACUGAUAUCACAUGAUGCACGUGUGUUGUGACAGAAGUGGUGUGAUCAUGGAUGUUGAUUGGAACACACAGUGUGAGUGUAAAGCCCUAGCUAUGUUUGUCUGUGUUUGUUUACUGUUUAAAUUAUAUGCAUCUCUCCCAAAUGUUACUUGUUAUUCAAGCUGUAUAUGUAUAUGGAAAUGUAUAUGCAAAGAAAAACAUAAAGAUAUCACUCAGUGACCAUUACUUUCAUUUGUUGUUUUUUGUCUUGAGUGAAAAGAACAAAUCAAUAAACAAAUAACUCAUGAACAAA